CUCCCAGCGAAGACGUUGUAAAGAAAUUAAUCAAGUGCUAAUUACUGAUAGAAAAAUCAGUAGACAGAGUGACUUUUUUCGUAUUCAGUUUUCAUGCAGAGUUUCACUUUGUAACCUAACGGUAUACCGGUAUUCUGUGUGCAAGAAUUCUGAAAAACACCUUAAAGGAAAUACAUAAUAAUCAGAAAAACAAUCAUUGCAAAUUGCUCACAUAGACGGUUUGAUGUGCCAGUGCCUGUGAUCUUUGUGUCUUGACAAGUUAGAAUUGUUAAUAAAAUAUUCGCUUUUAAAGAAUUGCAAUUGUUGAGCCAGCAACAUUUUCGCUUCAUAAAAUAUUCAUUUAUUGAGUCGAGAGGUAAUAUGUUUCUCAUGGCAGUCUCUCGACAAUAUGAUAUUAUGUCAGUGUUUUAUUGAAUAAAUACGAAGGAAAAAGAAAAACGACCAAAUAUUGGAAACAAAACAGAAUUGAGUGUAACAAUUGGUCACGCUGCUAAAAAAAAACUCUAUGGAUAAGAUGCACACGUACAGACAAGCAAUCGUGUUUCUUGUAAUUGUGCAAUAUUGCUUAGCUAUUGGAUAUGCAUCGGACGAAGCCGGUUGUUCCCACAAUGGUACAAUGUUCGCUGAUGGAUCGUUUGUUCCGUCAUUGGAACCGUGCUUAAGUUGCAAAUGCGUCGACUCCCAUUUGAAAUGUUCGUUACGUGUGUGCGCGGAACAGCCGAUUCCGCCGCCCAGAGGAUGUGUACUCGUACAUAAGCGAUCGUCUUGCUGUCCGCAUGUAUCAUGCAAGAAAUACCACAACGAACACGAAAGUCUGGAUAGGCGAGUGAUAGCGUACCAUAGCGAUUGGUAUAGUGCUGAUGCAGAAAGUCGAAAUGAAGACGACGAGGAUAAAAGACAGAAAGUGUUGAGCAAAAAUUCGUUGUACCGAAGGAUUGAAGACGAGGAAACUGACGGCAAUGAUGAAAUGUGCGUCCACAACGGAACAAUUUAUCGAACUGGAUCAGCUAUGUCCACGUCGUCACUUUGCUCGUACUGUUAUUGUAUCGGUGGAAAACAGAAAUGUGUUCGACCGAAAUGCUUAAUUACCUCACCUGGGUGCGUGCCCGUAUUCAUUGAUUCUUCAUGCUGUCCCAUACGAUAUGAUUGUAAAGAAGUGACGAGCGGCGUAAGUACUCCGGUGAAACCAAAGACCAUCUAUUAUCGAAUUGAAAACAAACAUUACAAUCGAAUGAGAUCACGGGCCCAAAGAAAUCGAGGAUGUCUAGUUGCCUCGACAUAUUAUGCAGAGGGAGAGAAACUACCAACCAAUCCCAAAAACCCAUGUGAUCUAUGCUUUUGUAUUCGUGGAGAGAGUAAAUGUACACCAAAGAAGUGUGCACCGUACAUUGGUAACUGUAAACCGAAAAUUCCUGAAGGUCAAUGUUGUCCAGCUCAUUACGAAUGUGAUCAUUCAGACGAAAUAUUGCCCGGAUCUAGUCACAGACCGCGACAGUUUGAUUUACUGUCCUAUUUCUUCAGUGAGGAAAACGCAGAAAACGAAACAAAUGUGGAGCCAUCCGAUCGACCGCUGUUUCCAGAGCAACAGGAUUACAGUUCGCCGGUCAGUUCCACCAGUGAGAAGAGUUUCUUUGAUGCACUCAGGGAAGGUUUAAACUACAUCGAUAGCAACGAUGAACAUGUUGAGAAGAUUUUGGAACCGACUGGUGUGAACGCAUCAGCUAUAACGGAUCGGCCUGUGCAAGUAAAUAAAACUGAGCCCAGCUUCUUUGAUAUUCUACUCAGCAAUGUUGGUGAAGAUGACGACGAAGACUACGACGAUGAUGGCAAACCCCAUGGCGAAACAGCAUCCGAGAAGCCUUUGAUACAUCAUGAAGCCCCAAUCAAUCUUAGCGACAUUGCAACGGUCUACGUUUCAAAUCUGUCAGAUGCCGAGCUACACCACAAUCGCUAUACAUUGCUUGAUGAAUCAGCCACACACGGGACUAUGUCUCCACCACUUACAAAUUCUGUAAAAUACUCAGAAUCAUCAGCACCGGUCAAAACAUCUAACUAUGACCGCAGUGCAACCGAAAGGAUAAUAAGCGAGUACAUCACUUACACAUCAGUGCCGAGCUACAAUUUUGAUACAUCAACGAUUAGUACCAGUCAAGACUUUGAAACCACCACUUUGAUUGAGUCAACCACACAGGAACAGUCGUCAGUCACUCCACCACGGGAAGAAACGAUCGAUACAUUUGAAGAUGAAAAUAGUACAAGCUGGUCCACUAGCAUUUCAACACUGGACGAUGAUACUUUUUCAGAAAUUACAUCUACAAAAGAUGAAACAUCGACGAGAUUACCAGAGGCUUCCACCCAAUAUGACAAAACUGAGACCGGUCAAACAACUACAACAACCGAAGCAGGCUUAGUCUCAGCAUUCUUGAAAGAAUUUUCGAAUCUCUUUGGUGAUGAAAACACUUUAACAGUAAAGCAUGAGAAUCGACCCCAAACUGAGAAUCAGAAAGAAACGUCUACUCUGUCGGAUGUAGUAAAGAUAACAAAACCAGCUCAGCCCUCUUCCACAACAAGUCCGCCGACAACGACCAAAAGAGUCAAUCCGACCAUUAUUUCAUCGCCAGCGUAUCCUUCUACCACGUCUCCAAUGCCAGUUAUUAUAACCGUUACAUCUUCGACAACAACAAGAACAACAUCCACUUCACCCAAAACGACUACUAUUUCUUCAUCUACACCAAACAGAUCACCAACUAGUGUUACGAUACAUCCAAAAACAACCACAAAAACUCAACAGACCACCACACCAAUACCCAUCACAACGACACCAUCAACAAUUGUAUCAAAACCGUCACACACAAGUAAUACGUCGCCUAAAAUCAAUGUUCAAGUCAUACAUUCAACUAGCGAAAUUGAACACCCAUCCACAACAGAAGAUACUUUGGCCGUGAAUCAACCGACGUUGAUCGAUGCAAACCCUUCAAUUUUAGAUUCAGAUCUGAAUUACGAUUAUGGUGAUCAGCCGACACUACCGCCAAGCCUGCCAAACUUGAAAAUAAUUCCUUUUUUGCCAACUGAUGCGGUCCGCAAAGAUAAUGUUCAUCCGAAAUUGGAAUAUUACUCUCCCAUUUCGACGAGCUAUCCAGUUCUGACCGAAAAUUAUGAAAGUCCUUAUUUAACCAGCGCCAAUUCGGAAAGUCAGAACGCAGACUUUACUGCCUUCGAAAUCAGCGAACCUGAAGCGAAAGACAGUCCCGAUUUCAACAGUUACAGCAUCCGGACCGCGGGCUAUUCGAACGACGACAUUUUCGGUAUACCGAAAACGAGUGGAGAAUCCUUGGAUUACAGUCAAUAUCCGUCGAUAACAGAAAAACCAAGUGUGGAACCGACAAUACACAACAAGUAUGCUGCUUAUAAUGUUGACUACGACUACGAUCCUUUCGAUAAGGAUAACAAGUAUGCGCCAGGGGCAUACGAAAUAGUGGAUAGUCAUGACUACAGCAUUCAAAGUAGAAAUCCGUCAUUCGAUAAAUUUGUAACCGAAUACCCGGAAAGGCAUGUGCACAGCAAAAUUGAAUUCAGCACCAGUAAUCCGUUGUAUGGAUUUAAUGGAAAUAACAAAUUUUCACCGCCCAGUAAAACCGAAGGUGGAUUCCUUCCAAAAGAACCAUCACCAGAAGACGACCAAUAUUACGAAAAACUCCACACAACGAAAUACACACUGGAUUUACUCACAGAACCAUCGCCAAAAUCAAAUGGAACUGUUCAGAUAAUUGGCAUCACAUCAGAAGAUCCAUUCAAAAAUGUCAUACGCACGGAACCGCCACCAAAUUUGAAUACACUCAUCGAAGAUAAAGAAAAACUCUUCCACUCAGUGCCUGAACUAUCAGCAACCAAUAUUGAUCAUGACUAUCCGUCCAUUCACCUGUCCGACAUCGAAAAGGAAAUUAUUUCCAUAACUACCGAUACCAAUUACAAUCCAUCACCAGAAUACGAAUCGGAUUCGUUGACCGAUAAUAUUGAAUAUUCCUUCCAUCACUUCGACAAUGACACCAUGAGUAAUGUAAGCAUAUCGCCGACCAACUCGUCGACGAGCGUUUCGAGUGAAGUAAGUGUAAGUAGUGAUUCCCAAUCAAAUCCAACGACAGAUCCUGCGCCAAAAGAUUUCCUUGGUAGUCUGUUAGGUUACAUUUUCAAAGACAAUAAAAUCAACUCUGAACCAACUGAAUCAACUAUAGUACAAGAAAGGCAAACAAUUCCGCCGUUUAAAAAGAUAUCGUCAACCUCUCUGUCCCUAAUGGACAUUCUCAAUUUCACAAAACCGGUGGAAAGUAGCUCUAAGAAAGUGGACAUUCCACAAAGGAAAAAUAACAAAAUCUACGAAUAUCCGACGACCUCUGAGCCACAGGAAGAAACAUCAACACCACCCAGAGAGGAAAAUCUCAACAUUUUGAGAGAUGUUUUACUAGCUACGUUGAAUAGUCCGUCCAAUAUAGAUCCUACAGCUCACAGAGACACUCAUCCCACUAUUGAUGUGCCAAAACCAAUUUACUCCAGCCAUUCAAUUCAUCAGUUCCUUAAUCCAAUUUUUGCUGGAAAUUCAGACCUAACUCACGUUACAAGCAAAUACUCUCCCAUUAGUUCCGACAUCGAUUUGUCGAUACCAAAAUUAAACAGUCAAAUUGGCGACAACAAAGACGAAUUGAAUAACAACGUUUUUGGUCCGGAAAGCUAUCAGGUAUUGAGUGAUUACCCGAGUACAGCGAACCAUAAACCAUUCGGUGAAAAUCCCAUCGACUAUGAUGCCCUGAAAGAGCACCAUUCCGAUGACAAUUCGCCCAGUAUAUACACGAAACCGAAUGGCUUCCAAAACUCGAUGGGAAUGUUAAAACUGGCUGGCUGUAAUAUAUAUGGAAGAAUGUAUCGUGUCGGACGGAUAAUAACUGAACUAUCUAAUCCUUGUCUAGAGUGUAAAUGCACAGAAGUAGGGGUUCAUUGUACAACUCUUAGCUGUUGAUUGGAAGCACAAACGUCAAUGUGAUUCAAUUCAUUCAAUUUGUAGCAAAAUACAAUCCCUUCUUCCCUACACAUCAUAUUAUUUUGAGCUACUGCUGGGACUGAUGUUGUUAGAUUUUACAAUCAUUUUUUAAAAGAAAGAAAAAACUAGGCGCCGCCGGAUGAAAUAAAGUAACAGAAAUUGAUUUAGUCAUGAUCGAUACAAAAGAUCAUUCAAGAACGGCUACAUCAUCUGUUGUCGACACCGAAGCUCUAGCUUACGUCGUUUUAUAAAGCAAACUACUUAAUGAAACAAUUGAAGUUAAAGAUGAUUCGUCAAUUUGUUAAAGAAAAUUUACAUCAAAAGAAGUAAUAGAUUCGAUAAUAAUCCUACUUUAAUUUAGUUCAGCUUGAACUCCUAAUAUUUGAUAAAUAAUUGACGUAAAAUAAUUAGGUGAGCUCCUAUUUACUGUCUAUUUGUUCAAAUCUCAAUGAUUUUGGAUCUUUGUGGAGGAAUUAAUUAUCGACCUGUUCUUUUAGAGGAAAAUCUUUGCAAUUUCUAAAAGGAGUUUCUAGUGUAGCCGUUUCUUAAAACGCAAUCAUCAAAACAAAGUAUUUGGUCAAUACAAAAAAUUAAUUUUAUUAUUUUCACCUCAUCUCAUUAUCAGUCACGGUUGUCCAUUUUUACAUAGAAAGAUUAUUCGCACCCGGAUGUCGCAGUGUUAUUGAAGAUGCUAUUCGCACUCAGAAAUUUCUGGAUACUUUAAAAUUUCAACGACUUUUCUAUCGAGUGCCACAUAGAAUCUUGUUUUUCUGUCACAAUGGUCUUGAUUGAGAAAUAUUUAUUUUCUCAACUCAGUGACGAAAAAUUGCUCCGUUAUUUUUGAGUGUGUACCUCGGUGAUAUAAUAGUAUUUUACGUGUUACGGCAUGUUUCAUUUUCAUUUACAUUGCCUAAUCACGUAAA